UCAUAGCAGCAACUGCCACUAAAGUUUAUCAAAACUUACGCACACACAUCGUAAAAUUCAUUCAAUAUCUUAUUGGAAAUUAUCGGUCAUCGUAAAGAGUUAUCGGCUCGGCCUUAAGUGACGACAAACGCUAAAGCUAAACAUGUCGGAAAUACUGCAAAUGAAUAAUUCGGAUUCAGCUUUUAUUAUAGCUAACGUCUCGAACUCUCAUAAUGAUGCCGUAGCAUUUGAGAUGAAGUUCGCCAAGGACUUGACCAUCUCUCAGCUGAAGAGCAAAUUGGAAAUCUUAACCGGCGGAAGCGCUGGAACCAUGAAAGUAGAGUUGUAUAAAGGCGACACUCUUGUGACGACGCUAAGCAACAAUGAUGCCAAACUGGGUUUCUAUGCCAAUUGCGAUGGCUUGCGGCUGCAUGUUAUUGAUUCAUUUGUGAAUUUCACAUUUGAUACCGAGACGGUUGAAAAAUUUGAGCUAACAAAGGACCAAUACGAGCAGCGGACCGAUUCUGUGCGGAAUUUCUUAAAGCAAAAUCGGCUCGGCAAAUACAAUGAAGAGGAAAUGCGACAGAUGGAAAUCAAGCGGCGUGAGCAAGCUGAAGAGAUGCAGAAACGGGCAGAUCUCUGUGUUGUAGGCAGUCGUUGUCAGGUGACUGUGGCAGGAAACCCAACACGUCGUGGUGUUGUCAUGUACAAUGGGCAACUUGAGGGUAAAAAUGGUAUUUUUAUAGGCGUGCAGUAUGAUGAGCCAUUGGGCAAGAAUAAUGGAAGCGUUGGCGGCAAAUCAUAUUUUGUCUGUCCACCAAAUUAUGGAGGCUUUGUCUCACCUCUGUCCGUGGAGGUGGGCGAUUUUCCGCCUGAAACCUUCGAUCUUGACGAUGAGCUUUAAUCGAAACCUUAUUUUGAAGAGAUUCCAUUUUAUUUAUGUACAAU